AUGCCUGUCAUUGAUACCCCGUUUGUAAUGGAGCUGCAUCCCGGAGAGGAGCUCAGGCUUGCUCAAGAGCCGUCGACUCCCCUAUCGUCGAGCUCUUCCGUAGCUUUUUCGCACAGCACAAAUGCGCUCGCGAAGAACCAGUUUCAUGCACUAGUGAGCGGGGUCGCCUUCGUGGAGGAGGACGCAAAUGACAGUGGCGCAGCCACCGCAGCUGCCACGGUCUUCAAACCACACCACAAGCACAGCGUCAUUCGUGUUACCCUGCUUGCACACAUGCAGCCGCAACCGCAAGGCUCGCCGACCAAGCACUUCAUGAGGACGGUGACGCUGGCAAGUUGCAACUUCAGCAGCAACCCCUCCCCCAAUGGCGAUGCAGGCAAUGUUGCGUCGUUGUCGCGUCGAGACAAGACGGGAGAAUCGACGCUGUCGCUUCCUUCUACUGCGACACGGGUGGAGAGCACUGUUCAGUUCCGCUCACCACUGCUUUUUCACUCGAGCGGGAGCAUCCAGUCUUUGUCGGUCGUCGCUGAGGACAUGGUAGCUACAGUCGGCUCCUCGGAUAGCAGAGGGUCUGUGAAGCGCUACAAAGGCUCACGUCGGUUUGGGGUGCGUCUGCACGGUAUCCAGCAUACAUUCCUGACCAAGGAGCAAGUGCUCCUGCUGACACAGCGGUAA